UCGCCUGGCUGACAAGAAGGAAGCAACAGUGACAGAAGGACAAAGGAAAAGCAUUCUUGAUCAUCUGUGACUUCUUGAUGAUGUCAGUACAUGCAGUUAAGAAAGUUUCCUGAGACCAGCUCACAAGAAAAGGGUCGCCUUACCCUUACUGUCCGGAACUAUGAUGCCUCUCUUCUGGGUUCUGCUUUUGGCAAUGCUCCCUACGCUGGCUCUUUCCUCCGGUCCCGAUGAUUGCAAGAUCCAGGAGAUCGACAGUUCACAAUAUGUGUCUCCAGUACUGGAAUCAUUGCAAUGCCAUAAUGACUACAAGUCUUAUGUGCAGUGCAAGUGGAAGCAACACAUAAACACACCAUUGGAGCUCUGGUUCAAAACAGGAGAAAGCAGGAAGUUGUGUGUGCCAUAUGAUGCUACAAAUCUAGCUAACUGUAGAUAUGAAACAAAUGUGUUUUCCAUUGGCAUCAUCCACACCGCCUUCUUCCGUGAAAACAAGACUUUAAGUACCUGCUCCUCUGCUUCACACAAGCCUCUUCGUCUCUUGCAGCACUUGAGAACGCUCCCACCAGUGAAUCUGUCCACGCACGAUGCAGCUGAUGGAGGUCGAAAGCUCAUUUGGUCCAGCCCCUACCCCCCCUCCUCCUCUCUGAACAACAACCUCACAUAUCAGCUCAGCUACAAGAUGCACAGACAGAGCAGCUGGACGACUGUGGAUGUCACAAACACCAGUAUGACACUAGAGAGACAGUUGUUGCUUCCAGGCAACAGGUAUGAAGCCAGAGUGAGGGCCUGGGCCAGCAUGGGCCAGUGGAGUGACUGGAGUCCUGUGGUGACCUGGCAGACUAACGAGGACUUUGGGCAGCUUCCCACUUUGUACUGUGUUCUGGAUGGAGAGGAGGCGGUAACAUGUAGCUGGGAAGUGAGCAGAGAGCUGGCUAACACCAUUACCUACCAGCUGGCCUGUCAACACAAUGAGAAUGCGCCGUUUGAGGCAUGCUGUUUGAAACAAGCGGUCAGCUCUGACCUCAGUGAGACAAUGCUGAGGUACAGCUGCUCAAUGCCUGUCACAGACCCCGAACAUCUGCUGCUGAAACUUCUACCAAUGCACAAUGCCAAGAUUUUUAAAGCCCACGAACAUAUUCAUCUCAACCCACCACGAAAUGUAAACGUGAUGGAAAAAGACAAUAACUGGAUCGUGAAAUGGGAUGAACCAAACAAACAUGAAGAAUUUAGCCUGUAUUACCAGGUCUGUUAUUACAAGAAACAAGAUCAGGGCUCUUCUGUGCUACUGGAUGUUUCAGAUGGUUCCAUGUCUCUGACCAUCAUUGGAAAAUCGUUAGACCCGCUCCAGGAUUACCAGGUCAAGGUCAGAUCACUGGUUGCCUCUGGAUCAGGUUCAGAGUACAAAGGAAUCCCAUCAGAAUGGACUGAUCCUGAGGAGUGGACCUCCAAAGAAGCACUGAUAGUCUGGUCUUCCACCACCUUGAUCUAUAUCGUUGUCAGUGCAUUAGUGGCUGUGGUGUUCCUCACUCUGUACUGCACUAUUCCAGCUUGCCGAAGGAAGGUAAUUCUUUGGGUGGACUCAGUUCCGUCUCCAAGAAAAAGCAAAACCCUGUCUGAGUUUAUGUCGCCCAACAAUGGGACCCUCAUACAGCGUGAAAAGGUGUAUGUCUGCAAAGUGCAACAACUGGACAUCUUAUCUACAUGCUCAUCAGAAGCAUUACUGUGGCCAGCCAAGGACACUGAAAAGAAGUGCCUGGAUCAGGACGAAGGAUGCUGGAACUGCGAUAACCUGCCUUCCCCUACUGAGGAGGUUAAUGUCAGUGACACAUCUGCGAUGAGCUUCACUGGGCCAUACAUCCUCUGUCAGUCAACAGAAACCCCCCCCCAGUCAAUGAAUGCCAAGAAUGAAGAGAAGGACAUGGAAACCCCGUCAGAUGAUUCUGCAUCUCCUUCCCGUGGGAAUUUCACCCUUUACGGUGAAGGUUAUGUGUGUCUGCCCAGGAGCAACAUCUCCAGAUCCUCACAGGACCUCCUAUUUCACACUGAUGACAACACAAGUUCACACUGGCAUGACAGUGCUGAGCAGGACCGACAGUGCAAUGAUACAACACUGUGGCCCGUUAAGUCAGACAUCAUACCUGGCUCAAGUGAGGCCAGUGCUGUGGACAAACUGCCAGAAUACACAUCGGGACCUUUCACCAAUUGGCCUGAAGAGGCCACCAUACAGGCCUCAGGGUACUGCCACCUCCCCACAGCCUUCAUGAGAGCAGCAUAGUAGCCUGCAUAAUGUAAGGGAAGAUGUUACCAAAGAAGACCUACUACUUUCUCAGCACAUAAAAUUAUUUUGUUUUUACAUAAAUGUUGCGCUUCAUUACAAGUUGCUCAUGCUUCAGUGUGGGGGAAAAAAUGUUUUCAUUGUGACAUUUUUGAGAAGCUUUUUGCUUGUUUUUUAUUCUUACCUGACCAAGUGGCUCCAUAGUGUAGUGAUUGUUUACACAGUCUCCUAACAAGCAAAAGAUCCCAGGUUUGAUCCCAGAAAGUGGCACAACUUGUUUCGGGGUUGCUUCGGGAAGGGCAUCCAGUAUAAAAAUCUGCCAAAUCAAAAACAUGAAGCGACCCACUAUGGCGACACAGCUUUUAUUCUUGUGUGGCCAUUUGAGGGCAAUAGCGAGUCAAAUUUGUAGGAGCUCUAUAAGCUUAUAAAGGGAAAGAAUGCAAUAUUGUGGGAAGCGAAAUAAGUAUUUCGCAUUGAACUUUUCAAGGUAGUUUCCUGGCACAUAGUAGGAUGGGACAGUCUAAUUUAAUCUAAUGUAUUCCAAAUAGCAGCCGUGCAAAAGAGCCUUUGUGAAUCUCAAAGUGUUCAAUUUUUGUUGAGCCUGUGUCUAAGUGUUGUGCAUCUCUUCAAUUGCAUAGCACUAUCACUGACUUCCUUGUAUAAUCUUGCAACAUAAUGGCAGCCUUUCACACAGGAUGUGCAUAUUUAACCGCAGACUCGAAGAACUUGGUUGAAAUCUAGUCUUCUUUUAUGACUUCCUCAAAUUCGCUGCUGCCGUCACAGCUGAGGUGAAGAAGCUGCAUAAAAUUUCACAUCAUGGGAAAAGUGUGUGCUGUAGGUUUGCUAACUGCAAUGUUCAUGUACAACAUGCGUGUUUGCACAAAGGUGUCUGAGUUGGGACCUUGUUGUCAAUGUUAUAGCCCAAGUGUUGCUGAUGGCAUGUACAACAUGUUGUCUGAAUUGUGAUGUGCUGAUAGUGCUAAGAUAAGAAUAACUGUGUGCAAAGGUUUUAGCUCAGGACUGAUGUCACCAGACAUUUAAAAUGAGUACAGAGAACAUAUACAGUAUAUGCUAAUGUACUUAAUGGCAAUCAACAGUGAAGGAGUACAUGCUUUUUAUACCCUCAACUCUACUUUAAGAAACAUUGGGUUGACAAACUGUGUGAUAUGAAUGCACUCUGACUGUGAAUAAUCUUUAUGUUUAAGGACAUAAACUUUACAUUAAUUAUUUACAGCUGUGAACUGUAAUUAAAUGUUCUUGGGGGGGUGCUAGGUUUCUGUCUUAAUAUAAAAUGAAUAUAAUGAAGAAUAGAAGAAAGUCUUUAACUUAAAAUGAAGAGUCAGUAUGAUGCAGCAAUGAUGCAAAGAAGUGUUAAAAGAAAGAUGUUGCUAUGGUUGAUGUACAAUUAUGAAUGCACUGAUGCAUCAACGUGCAUGUUUUAAUAUUGUAGUUGGUCAAAGCAAGACUAUAAACAUCUUUAAACUUAAAAAAAAAAAAAAACUUUAUAUUUAGUUUAGUCUAUUGGUUUUCACCCUGUUGAUAGACCUUCCCCUAAGGCACACAAGAUAAAAUUGAGAGUAUGAAUAUUGGAAGAAUAUACAGAAAUGCAAUGUUUGACAUUUUAAAAUGUGGGUAUGUCACCAGAAGUUGCAUCACUUUCAUUAGAGUCAAAAACUGUUGGGGUUACAAAGCUUGUUUCCCUUAACAGCAAUGAUACUUGGGGGCUUUCUGCUGUCAUGAUGCAGCUAAAUUGUAAUAAACAAAAUGAUUCUCAAGAUACUUGCUCAGGAAAAUUGUUUUUAUUAGAGAUUUAAAGCUUUUUGAAUGUAGGUUCAAUUUAGGCCUUCCCAGAUAGCACAAACAUACUGGACCUAAUCCAGGCUAUUUUUGGUAUUUGAGGCAGGUUCAACAUGGGUUGAGGCAUUGUAUGGUCCACAUGUAGCCCAAAUAUCAUGACAAACUUGACAUUUGUCUCAUAUAAGGUGGACUUGCAUUGAGGCAGGCAAACUCACCAUAAGUCAACACCAUGAGUCAAGCUCAAAUGUGGCCCAUAAAAUAACUGCAGGUGUGGGAUAUUCUUUGCAAUCUAGUUUAUUUUUCUAAAGCUAUGAGUUGGUAAUCAGCUACAUUUUCUUGAUAUAGUAUGGGUUUGGCUUUUUUUUUAUAUAGUUAAGACUGGGCUAAUUAUUAAAGUAGCAUUUAUAGUCCAAAUAUUUUUAGUACAGUACUGCUGCUGACUAAAAUGCAGGUAAUAUCUUUCAGAUUGGCUUUUGUUUUCACAGUUUUAUAUGAAAAGCAAAACAAACAUUUUAAAAGAAGUGAAAUAUUAUAAUGCAUAAUAAUAGUUGUGAUGAUUUGCAUUUGUAGGGCACUUAGUGUUAUCACCUCCUUUAUUUUAACAGUUAUAUUAUUUGCCUCUUUUUCAAAAGCACAGAAGCAUCCGCAUUUAUCAUCUUUUGCCAAAAACAGGUUUGUCAAUUGGAACAGACUGUGUGUGCAAGUGUGUGUGUGGUGACUGAGUAUUUCUUAACCUCACUCACCAGUGUUAAAAUGGGAGCAUCACACACAGUCUCACAGUGUUACCUAAUUUAUUGCUCUGUUUAUUUUCCCAUCUGUUUGGCCUGACAGGACUGCUGAGUUUCCCUGCGCUGUCAGUUUCUGGAAGCAGGUGUGAGUGUGUAAUACAGUACAUAGUUUGUGGCAUGCACUUGUGUUUUAGGUUGCUAUGCAACAUGAUUGUAUCAGGGUAAACUAAUGAAGAUACUGCGCUUUGGUGAUCAGUGAUUUCUCUCAGUAUUACAAGUAUAAGAUAGUCAUUCUUUUCUCUACGCAGGGAACACAAUGGUGGAAUUCCAGGCAUGCUGAUAUCAACUUCCUGUGUUUUCAGCCCAUCGUUAGGUACAACUUCCUGCCUAUUGAGAUUAAGGAUCAGUUUGACAUAUGCUAACUCAGUAAUAAUGCUUAUGUAGAUGCAUACACACUCAUUUUUUUGACCUUGAAUGUGGCCAUGGAAGGUGAGGGGAAGGUGUUUGAUGUGUUUUCCCAGCAUUCCAGGCUUUUUCCAAAUACCGUGCCCCAAAAAACAGACACAUUCCUUGGUCUCACCGUCACAGGGCUAUUGUUCUUUCAGUAGGGAGUGAGUGACAGACACUUUUGUAUUAAGUAGAAAUGAAAAGUGGAUGAGAUAAAGCACCGAGGUAUGUUUUGAUGGAAAGACCAGACUGCUUAAUGACGGGGGUGUUUGUGUGGUCAUCUGUGUACAGCAUGUCCCUGUCCUGUGUUGUACAUAAAAACAGGAAAAUAAAAGCGCUGGAAGGUGUAGGGAGUGCGUGGCGCCACACAGAUGCUUGUGUAACCUCCUGUUCAAAGGCCUCCUGUUUCCUUACUACUGUACAUGGGGAAAUCUGGGCCAUACUGAAGCACACAUAGUUAUAACAUAUCUUUCAAAGCAGCCUGGACAUUUAGAUGCAUUUUUUCAGAGAUGUUGUAUUAAAGUUACAGUGAUACUUUUU